AAUCUAGGAUGUUGCAAUACAGCUGCAGGGGAACAGUUGUUUCAGAGCUGAUCUGUUCCAGAUAGUUUACCACUAAGUACUCAUACAUGCAACAGUACUGUUUAAAUUGGGAAAUUUAAACCAAGUUUAAAUUUGGUUUAAAUUUAAACCAAACUGUAAAUGAAUAAUUUACAGCAGGAACAUUUAAAAGUGUUCCUGCUGUGCUAAACUUUGCUGUCAAAAUCUCAAAACCAAACACAGACUGUCUGCCACACAGCUUGAGCUCAUUUCCAAGGAACCAAACAAUACUGAAAACGUAUUCCCGACAACUCUUGUUUGAAACACCCCUCUUCUCUUAAAGGAGCAGAGGAGGCACUUAUAAAAAUUAAUCAAGUGUCUGCAGAGCAGUCUUGCAACACACUUCCACACUACUGCAGGAAAGGGAACAGGCAGUUUGGCGUUUGAACAGGCAAGCCACAUUAAGGAUUAGAUUUGGAACUUUUAAAUUCACUCUCAAGGCAAAUAUGUCUCUGAGCACUGUUGUUGUGGCCAUCCUGGUUUUCCUGACCAUACAUGAAGGUUGUGCUGUGGGAGAUCAAGUGAUGAAUUUGCGCUGUCGUUGCAUUACCAAGGAAAGAAAACCCAUUGGCCGUCGCAUAGUGGCAUUGGAGGUGCAUCCUGUGCGCUCCCACUGUGCAGAAACUGAAAUCAUAGCAACUCUUAAGAAUGAAAAGCGAAAGGUUUGCCUGGAUCCAAAUGCUCCAUGGGUCCAAAAGGUGCUAGCGAUCAGGCGUGCAAGGCAGAGAGUCCAAGAACAAGCCUCCAAAGCAUAGAUUUUCAUCAUGGAAGCUUUGGAUGUGAACAGGAACAAAGUUUGCUGUUUGCAAGAACGGACAGGCAAGAGAAUGGAUACCGGGAGAAGAAAAUCUUUUCCAAGAAAGUUUUACAUGUUAUUAACAGUGUCUUGUAACUUUAGAAAGCUAUUUUUGUAAAUAAUUAAAAUCAUAAUUCUAAUAUGAGUCAUGUAUAAAGAAUGAAUUUCAAAAAUCAAA